GUGCCGCCAGUGCCGCCACGGUCUUUUCAUUCUCGUAAAAUCCACGCACGUGUCGGUCGCAAGCGCGGCCGUUCUCUCCAGCCACGGCGGCUACAAAAUCGAACACCGCGGUCCCACCUUUAACAAGCUGGGCCGCGCGAUCGUCUCAAAAAGACGUUAUGAGCAAUUUUCAGGAAAUAUGUGUCGUCCGCACCGACGGUGACCUGCCGCUGGCGAAGUACAAGUCGACAAAAACUGGCAUGACUGUGUGUGUGUCCGAAUUCGAUGGGCCGCUCAUUAGCGGCUACCUUUGCAUCGCAACCGAAGCUCAAGAUGAUGAUGGCCUUCCGCAUACGUUAGAACAUCUUAUUUUCAUGGGUAGCGAGGACUACCCUUACAAGGGAAUCUUGGACCAGCUGGCGAACCGGUGCCUGGCGUCUGGCACCAAUGCCUGGACAGAUACAGAUCACACAUGUUACACCAUGACAACUGCUGGUUCCAGGGGGUUCCUCAACCUGUUGCCAAUCUACCUGGACCACAUUCUCUACCCAUUGCUCACGGAGGCAGCCUUCAUCACGGAGGUCCAUCAUGUGAAUGGAGAAGGAGAAGAUGCUGGUGUGGUCUACUGCGAGAUGCAGGCACGUGAGAACACAGGCGAAAGCUUGUGCAUGCUGAACCUGUUGCGUACACUCUAUCCAGCUCCCUGUGGCUACCGCUAUGAGACUGGAGGCCUCAUGCGCAAUCUUCGGGAGAGCACUGACAACCAAAAGGUCAGAGCAUACCACAAGCACUUCUACCGUCCUGAGAAUCUGUGUGUGAUUGUAGCUGGCAGCGUAUCUCCCAAAGAAGUACUCAAGGCUCUGGAGCCAAUUGAAAGGAAGAUCAUUGCCAAAGGCCAGAGGAAGCCAUUUACUCGACCAUGGCAGAAACCAGUGCCACCUGUCACUGGUCCCUUGGAGUCGACCGUACCAUACCCAUGUGAUGAUGACGACCAUGGCCUUGUCUAUGUUGCUUUCAGAGGACCUCCACUGAAAGCUCUUGAAGACAUCGCUGCAUUGUUGGUUAUGCAAGACUAUCUUACAGACACAUCAGUCUCUCCUCUACAGAAAUUGUUCGUUGAGACAGAAGAUCCAUACUGCAGCAUGGUAAAGUCAAGUUUCAUUGAAAACAAAGAGAGCUGCUUUUAUUUCGGCUUUGAGAACGUUACCAAAGGAAAACUUAGAACGGUCAAAAACACUUUGAUCAAGGCUUUGACUGAUAUUGCUAAUGGCACCACUCCUCUGGAUAUGGAAAGAAUGGCUGUUGUAAUUCAGAGGCGACGUCUGCGGAUACUGAAUCAGAUUGAAUCCGCACCACACGAAAGUAUUGCAAACACCGUCAUUAUGGACUUCCUUUAUGGAGAUACACUUGAAGAUCUGCGGAACAGGUUGAACCAGAUCCCCAUAUUCUUGAGCUUGCUGAAACGAGAUAAGCAGUUCUGGGUGCAGUUGCUGGAAAAAUACAUGGUUGACAACAAGGCCAUCUGUGUGAUUGGGGAGCCCAGCCCAAGUUUGCUGAAGAAAAUGACUGAAGCUGAAAGCCAGAGGAUUCAGCGUCAGCGAGAAACGCUUGGUGAUGAUGGCCUCCAGAAGCGAGCUGAAGCCUUAGAAAAAGCCAUUGAGUCUAAUGAGAACGAGCCGCCGAAGGAGAUGAUCUUGGCUGUGCAAGUUCCGCCGGUGUCGACCAUCAGCUUCCACAGUUUGGUGCGUGUUUGCAAUGCUCAGGGCGACAAGGGCAUUAUGUCGUUCAGCUUUCAAGGAAUUCCUUUCCGGUUUGAAGUGGACCACCUCAAGACCAACUUUGUCUCGCUGACUGUCAUGUUCAACACAAGUGGCAUCUCCCAGGAGCUUCGCAUGUACAUACCACUUUUUCUAGAGCUGCUUCACGAGUCGCCAGUCAUCUCAAAAACAGGACGCAUGAGCCACAAUGACGUCAUCAACCAACUGGAGGCAGACACCAUCCACAUUGUCACUGGGUUGGGCCUUGAGUGCAGUACACGCUUCUUUGCUGGCUCCCAUGCCCAGUACGCCUCCCUCUACCUUUUG